AAUGGUAGAUAGAAGCCAGCUGUUUGACAGAAACACAUAAACUAUAAAUAAACAAACAUGAUUGUAAUAUUUGGCCUAGGAGAUCUUCAUAUACAUUAAAGUCAAUUUUAGGUUCCACAGAAUUGAGAAAUCAAAAUGUCUAUUCAAGAGAAAAGUGGACCAGUUAUUUCUUCCAGAUAUUCAACUAUAGAAGAUGGAAGCGAGGAAUUAGAGCCUAUUUUAGGGAGUGAUUCAAAUGAUACUCAAGUUGAAGUACAGACAGGUUCAGGAUGGUUUGGCUCUGCAUUUUUAGUAGUCAAUGCAGCUUUAGGAGCUGGUCUUCUCAAUUUCCCUAUAGCUUACCAUCAAGCUGGAGGAGUUGUUUCUGCUGUUCUUGUGCAGUCAUUUUUCUUAGUUUUUGUCAUCAUGGCGCUCAUGAUCCUGGGAUACUGUUCUGAUAUAAAGAAAUGUAACACAUAUCAAGAUGUUGUCUACUCUGUCUGUGGUCCAAAAGCCCAAUUGGCCUGUGCUAUAUCUGUGAUGUUGUACUGUUUUGGCACUUGUAUAACCUUUCUCAUCAUCAUCGGUGACCAGUGGGAAUUAUUUUUUCUGCAAGUUGCCAAGACUUUGUAUUGUGACAGCAGUCCCAUCUACAUGUCCAGGGCAUUCAUUAUUGCUGUCUCUUCCAUUGUGUUUAUCCUGCCUUUGUGUUUCCCAAGAAGAAUUGACUUUCUUAAAUAUGCCAGUGUGGUUGGAGUUUUUGGCAUCAUGUAUGUCGUCUGCUUGGUGACACUCAAGUACUUCUUGCCCCAUGACCCACCAGGAUCAGUGACAACCUCUCCAAAAUCCUGGAUAGAUGUGUUUCUGGUAGUACCAGAUAUUUGUUUUGCUUAUCAGUGUCACGUCAGUGUGAUUCCUAUUUACUCAUGUAUGGAAAAAAGAAAUUUAAAAGAGUUUUCAAAAACUGUUAGCUUGGCAAUGGUGAUUUGUAUACUGACCUACACAGGGACAGCUGCCUUGGGCUAUUUGCAGUUUGGAGAUAACAUUACCAAUGAUAUUCUUCUAUCCUUUAAACCUGAUGCGGCUGUCAUGGUGGCUGUAGUAUUGAUAGCUGUCAAAACAUAUACAACUUAUCCAAUUUUAUGUUUCUGUGGCAAAGCUGCUUUUGAGUGUAUCUGGAGUAUGUGCUGGAGGAUGUCUCCGGAGGAAGCUCUAGUCAAGGAAAAGAUCAGGCACAUCGCACUGACUCUGUUCUGGUUCUCUGCCACUCUGAUGUUAUCCAUAUUUAUACCCAACAUUGGUGUAGUUAUCCAGAUUCUUGGAGCUUUUGCGGCUGUUUUUAUAUUUAUAUUUCCAGGAAUGUGUUUAUUGAAGACUAUGCAGAAUAAAAUAGAGUCAGGAGAGGAACAACCAAAGAAAGUUCAUUUCCUCAAGGCUUUCUCGAUAGUCUUUUUAAUUGUUGGAACAUUUAUAUUUGGACUCACCUUCUCUCAAGCCAUCAUGAAAGACAUCGAAGGGGCUAAACCAGACUCUUCCAAGUUUACUUGCAAUAAUUAAUGCCCUUUGACAUUCUCAGCCUAUAUAGCAUUAUAUUUUACUCUGUUGUUACAAAGCUUAUAUCAACUCACUCUGUCUGUCUAUCUGUCUGUCUGGUAAAAUGUGUGUAUACGUUAUUUCUCCCACACCCAUCCUUGGAUUUAGGCCUAGACAAGGCAUGAAUCAAUAAAAAAAAAAGUAACCAGUUAGUCAAUUAAUUACUGGUACCAACAAGGGAAACAAUAUUCGCAGAUAAAUUUGUUGUGUUUUGUCCCCUUAAAUAUUAGUUAACGCUAUUUCUCCCUCGCACAUUCUCUAAUUAAGUUGAUACUCUAAACAAUUAUUUAAUAAUAAAAUAUGAAUCAAUUAAAAAAAAUAAUUAUUGGUAAUUAAUUCUUUUGUUUGAUAUCGAAUAGAAAAAAUAAUGUGCACAUUAUUGAUAGAUAAAGUUUUAAGGGUGGAGUUCUUAUUCUAUAGAUAUGUUGGUAACAUACGUCGAUACCAUUUAUUUCUAAAAAAAAAAAUUUCAUUUUACUACAGCGAACAUUCCAGUAGCUUAUUUCAACAUGUAAAUGUGAAUUGAAAUAUUUAUAUAUUUAUUGCUUGCUUUUAUGAAUUGAAAUAUUUAUAUUUUUAUUGUUUUUGUUACUUCCUUGUCUUGAAAUUUGAUCCCUUUCUUUGAUCAAAUAAGGUUAUUGUGUGGUCAGCACAACCUCAAAUGCAGCUGAAGUCUUUUUUUAAAAAUGUUCUUCAGAAUUCAAUUGAAUUAUUAAAAAUUAAAACUCUUUUGUCCUGGUUAAAACCCAAUGUGCUUGAAUCAAACGUUGCUGUUCAGUGACGAAUUUAGAUUUGAUAAAGGCCCUAAGCUUUUUGAGAUACAGAGCCCCUUGAUAAGCCCAUUUAUUAUAAGUUAGAGCAAAAUAUUUCUUUGGAAGGGGGGGGGGGGGGGCUAAGCUAUAGAUUGUGAGGCCUAAUGGUAAGUCUGACCCUGUUGCUGUUGAGAAACACUCAAAUGAAUUAUUUCAGGGUGGAAGUGAGGUGUCCUCAAAAAUGGAGAUACUGAUUUAACUUUGCAUUGAAUCACCCUGCAAUAUCGCCCCCCCCCCCCCUCCUUCUUCUAGUUAUCAUUUGUGUUAUUUACCAUUGUAUGUCUUGACUGUAUAGUCAUUCUGGUAUAAAAAACCAGGAUACUGAUGUGUGUGAAUGAUUUAUGCAUCUCGAUCUAUUCUACUCAAUAGAGAAUGAGGCGGUAAUGUUGGGAAGACUUGCUGUGUUGUCCAGCCAACUUGUGUGUUGUAAGUUUGUGGACUAACAUUUAGAAAGAAAGAAAGAUUAGGUUUCUGUUAUUGUGAGCUGUAAAAAAAUGUUUUCUCAGGGCUUUGUAGACUAUUUGAAUUAAACUAUUUUUCCCCCCUUUUUCUAAUAUAUAAUAA